CUUAUCAAUUAUUGAAUAGGAAUUGAAUAAUUGAUAUAAUUUUCUUGUUUGCUCACUUAAUUAAACCAGUAUAUAAUGAUGAUAAAAUAGAUAGGCCAAAGCAAGUUGAUCAAGGAGGAGUCGAAAAGCCAAGAAAGAAAAAAGAAUGGGGGCGAGAAGGCUGGUGGUGGUGCUCGUUCACCUGGUUGGAUUUUCAUGGCUGAUCACUAAAAAUGCACUACCAUCAUUUGCACUAACCAUAGGCAAGCCUGGUUGUCAAACGGAAUGUGGAAAUGUAAGCAUCCCAUUUCCUUUUGGAAUUGGAUCCACAAAUAAUUGUUUUCUUGACAAUUGGUUCGAAAUAGUCUGCAACACCUCUACCUUCCCUCACACACUUUACCUUAAACGCCCCAAUCUCCAAGUCCUCAAUAUUUCUUUGAAAAACUACCACGACAGGUCGUCACGUAAUGCUAUUCAGUUCAGAAACCCAAUAACUUUUUGGAAUUGCACACACAAAGAAACCCGUGAAGCACUAAACUUGACAGGAAGCCCCUUUCUCUUCUCGGCGAGUGAGAACAUGUUCACCGCGGUGAGUUGCAAUGUACGAGCCUUAAUGUCUUCAUCAAGCUUAGAUGAAGUUGAAGUUUCGGCUGGCUGCAAGUCCAAGUGCUCAACGACAAACCAUCUGUUGAAGAAUUGCUUGGACGGAGUGAAUUGCUGCCAAACUACCAUUCCUUCUUAUGGGAUCAAAACCUUCUCCACCACAUUUCAACACGAGACAGAUAAAACAUGCAAGUAUGCCUUCGUAGUAGACCAAGAAUGGUUCAUUUCCAAGUUCAACAAUACAAAACUUGAUUCCUUUCGCGAUAUGGAUUACGUUCCUGCAACUUUAGAAUGGAGCUUAAACAGGUAUUCAAAACACCAAAUUUACGGAACAAAUCUAUCCGCUUUACAACUUACACGGUUAUUAUUGAACAACUCAAUCCGUUGCCUCGGAGAUUCUUCCAUUUCCUCAGUGAAUCAGACAGCAGCACUGUCAGUGCAGGGUUGUUACUGCAAGGACGGCUUUGAAGGAAAUCCGUAUCUUUUGGAUGGAUGUCAAGAUAUCAAUGAAUGUCAAAUUUAUCCCCAUCCAUGUCACAUGCAUGGAGCUGGAACUUGUGUGAACACCAUUGGGUCGUAUAAGUGCCGAAAGUCCAAGGUUAAAACGGGCCUUAUAGGUUUCGGUAGUGGUCUUGGAGCAUUGUUUCCACUUAUUGGCUCGUGGUAUUUAUACAAUUUCAUAAACGAAACAAAAGCCAUUAAACGUAGAAAGCAGUUCUUCAAACGAAAUGGUGGUCUAUUGUUACAACAACAAAUAUCUUCAGAGGAAGUCAAUUUCGAAGCAAAAACCGAGUUGCUCAAUUCAAAAGACUUGCAGAAGGUCACUGACAACUUCAACCGAGACCGAGUUCUAGGUCAGGGAGGCCAAGGUACUGUUUACAAAGGAAUGUUGGCAGAUGGUAAAAUUGUUGCUGUGAAGAAGUCUAAAAUAGUUGAUGAAGAGAAACUCACAGAAUUCAUUAAUGACGUUAACAUUCUUUCCCAGAUUAACCAUAGGAAUGUGAUUAAACUACUUGGAUGCUGUUUAGAGACCGAAGUUCCACAUCUUGUUUAUGAAUUCAUACCAAAUGGUACACUUUCCGAGUAUAUUCAUGACCAAAAUGAGGAAUUUCAUUUGACAUGGGAAAUGCGCUUACGAAUUGCAACAGAAAUUGCGGGAGCUCUUUCCUAUUUACACUCUGCAACUCCCAUUCCCAUUUACCACCGAGACAUCAAAUCAUCAAACAUACUCUUAGAUGAAAAGUUCAGAGCAAAACUAGCAGAUUUUGGAACUUCAAAAUCAGUAGCCAUUGACCAAACACAUGUUGCUACAAUGGUAGAUGGUACAUUUGGCUAUUUGGACCCUGAGUAUUUCCAAACAAGCCAAUAUACGGAUAAAAGUGAUGUUUAUAGCUUUGGUGUGGUGAUUGUUGAGCUCUUGACAGGACAAAAACCGACUUGUUUAAAGAGGUCAAAAGAAGGACGAAGUCUAGCAACUUAUUUCAUCAUGUGCAUGGAGGAGAAUCGCUUAUUUGAUAUAAUUGAUCCUCAAAUCCUCAAGGAGGGAAAAAAUGAACAGAUGUUGGAAGUUGCUAACCUCGCAAAAAGAUGCUUGAAUUUAAAUGGAAGAUACCGACCUACAAUGAAAGAAGUGGCAACGGAGUUGGAGGCCAUUCAGAAGUCAAUCAAAACUGUUUCUGAUCAACAGAAUUUUGAAGAAGUUGAAUCUUUGAGGACUGAAAUAGCAGAGGCUUGGAACGUUUCCAACACAAUUGGUUCAAACCCGUCUACAUCCAUUGAUAUUGCUUCAUUGUUCGACUAAUUGUCACUGUUGUCAAAAUAAAAUUACCUUUUUACUCU